AUGAUGUUUUUAGCUAAAAAGAAACUAAAAUUUAAAAGAAAAGGAACCACAAUUGCUGGUGGACUGGACCCAGAAACUUCAUUAGCUAAAAUAAAUAGCAUGGGAGGAAUUUGUGUAGAUGAGAAUAACAAUCUCUAUAUUGCUGAUAGUGAGAAUCAUCGAAUUCUUCAAUGGAAAAUCGGAUUAGACAGUGGGACAACUAUUGCAGGUGGAAAUGGGCCAGGAAAUGAUAUUGAUCAAUUCAAUUUUCCAGUCGAUGUUCUUAUUGACAAAUUUAAUAACAAUUCAUUAAUUAUCUGUGAUCAUCGUAAUAAACGAGUACUUCGAUGGUUUUUUGAACAAAAUAAAUAUCCAGAAAUUAUUAUUGAGGAUAUUUUCUGUCAUGGAUUAGCAUUGGACAAAGAUGGAUCUCUUUAUGUCUCUGAUUAUGAUACUAAUAGUGUCAGACGAUGGAAACAAGAAGAAAUAAAUGGAACAAUAGUAGCAGGAGGAAAUGGAAGAGGUGAUAGUCUCAAUCAACUCAAUUUUCCAGCAUUCAUUGCAAUUGAUGAUAAUAUAACUCUUUACAUAUCAGAUUCUCGUAAUGCUCGUGUAAUGAAAUGGCUGAAGAAUUCAACAGAAGGAAUUAUUCUUAAUGGAAUACAAAAUAAAAAUCGCGUGAAGAAUCCUCAAGGAUUAGUAUUGGAUUAUUUUGGUCAAUUGUACAUCGCCGAUUCGGGAAAUCAUCGAAUUCUGCGUUGGAAUGAAGAAAAUCAAGAAAAUGAAAUUAUUAUCAAUGUCAAUGGUUACGGAAGAUGGUCUGGAUACUUAUAUAUGCCUUAUGGUUUGACAUUUGAUAAUCAACAAAAUCUUCUGGUCAACGAUUUUGGAAAUCAUAGAGUACAGAAAUUUGACAUUAUGUUAGAUUAA